UAUCUCGUAUACAUAACUACACCAGUUACCUCCUUAUAACUCAUACGGGUUUAACGUUUCUUUUUUAACAACAACAACGAAGUGAAGUGGUGAGAGCUGCUGCUUUAAAAUGAAGGAAGUUGUACAGGACGUGAGAACAUUCAUCACAUGGUGGGCCAUGGUACAGGAAAAGCCAAGCUUACUGUCCAAGGCCAAGCUGAAGCUGGGGUCAUGGAGGCUACAAGAUCAGCAUUUUAAGGUAGGAGUGUGGGAAGCAGUGGCAGGUCUGGCCUUCCACACACAACCUGAGUUAGCACAUAUUACCCUGACGGAGGAUCACCCGUGGAACCUUCCUGGUCUCCUGCCGGUGCUCCAGACGCUGGAGAAGGGUAAGUGUAAGGUGGUGGCCGAGUGGCGUAGAGAUUGGCAGCUGGGGGAGGAUGGCAGCGUGACACCUGGCAUGGCUGCCCUACUCAAGUGUUCUAGACCUUCUACAAUAUCACUUAGCCUCCCUGAUGACCAGCCCUCCACGUCCCUCCCAGCGCUGCCUUCUAUCACCGCCUCUCUCGCCAGAACCUCUUGCUCCCUUAUCCUUAUGUUGGAGGGAGAUUAUGUGGCUAGCAACGACACCUGCACCUCUGACUACCUCCUCCUGCCUUUCCUGGAGGCUUUCGCUCGCGUUAGGCUGCGAUAUUUAGCCUGUCACUUGGGCAUUGAGGCCGCUACUAAAUUUUUCCAAGAGGAGGCCCACAAUGAUAGCUCAGAGGAGGACUUCCCUGGUGUGAGGCACCGGCCCUUCUACCAUGCCACAGCAUCCAUACGGUACCUGGAGAUGCUCAAAGUGAGGAUCUCCUCGUUAGAGGUACUCGUGGCCCUCAACAGAGCCUUACCUCACUUGGAACUCCUUGAUGACUUAGAAGUGUACCUUACCCUUCAGGGCUUUGUCUCAUCCGACGAUGUCCCACAACUCUCCUAUUCUAAGGAUCGUCUGACACUUAGACUGGAUAGGAUUACUGACAGUUGGGCGGAGUGGGCGGGCAAGGUGACAGCCGCCCUCAGCCGUCAGUAUGCUCAGGUGUGGCUUAGCUGGUGCCACAUGACGCCCGUGGGUGGGGCAGCUUUCCUGAAUCAACUAAUGUGGGGUCAGACACUGGUGGGUGCCAUUCACGUGUUUGCCCUCUCUGGCAGACCCAACCCGCAGGAGUUUUCUGCCCUCACAGUACAUGCUGCCCAACUGCCCAGCCAUACUGCCCUCUACUGGUAGCCAGCCUGCACGGAGGGGUGAAGGGUGGUUUGAUCGUAAAAAUCUUUUGAUCCAAGGAAUUAGAGCUACCCCUCUUGUGAUGUUUAUCUGCCUUUAUGCUAUAACUUUUUCCACGUAACGAAUAUUGUUUCAGUAAAAUUAUUUUAAGAUAACAGUAAUAUCAGGGGUUGGCUCUGUGAGCAUGAAUUAGUGUGUAAAAGGCUGUUUGCAAUUUAUUGGACAAGUUAUGUUGAUGAAUAGUGACAGAAGAAAACGGUUGUGGAAGGUGUAACAAUUGGAAUCACAUGCAGUACCCCCUUAAGGGUAGGACCAAAGUUUGGAUAUACAGGUAAACUCCAGGAACAUCAGUGGCGUCCCUUUGUCUCUUGUGUUCCUGAUGCUAGAAACGCCAACCUCAGUUUACCUACACAUCAUAUUCCUGGGCAAAGCCUGAAUGCAAAAAAUGACUUGUAUGAUAACAGUAAGUGGCUUAAUUGGUAGCAGCCUCAGUUCUCACACUGAGGGACUGAAGUUCGAUUUCCAAUGUGAGUGAAAACUUUGGGCAUGUUUCCUUAAACCAGCUGUCCAUCUUCACAUAUCAGUA